ACCUUCGUAAACUAGCCGUUGCCCUGAAUCUCUCCUCUCUUUCUUCUUCUUCUCUUCUAAGAGAAACCGCAGCGUAGCCCCUUGGAAACAGACAUCACUUUCUAUGGCGGCAUCUUCUAACAGAUCUCCUUCCCCAACUCCAAACAGACAGCAAAACCCUAGUUCAAGGAUCCUAGAACAGAGUCCAAUCGCCAGAAGAAGUUUCAUCGGCAGCCCAUUUUCCAGGCCUUCGAUCCUUUCGAAUCCCAAAACCUUUUGUCCCAUCACACCUGCCAAUAGCCCUUCUUCAGAUUUAACAGGAAGGAAUUCAUUUGGUCUUUGUUCGAGAACAUUUGAAGACAAAGAGAACGACACAGAUCAAUCUUUUAAGCAGGGGAAGGUCCGGUCACCGGCGAUUUCUAAGGGUUCUAAACAUUUCAUGGCGCCCACCAUCUCUGCAGCUUCGAAAUUCACCCCUUCCCCUAGAAAGAAAGUUCUUGGAGAGAGAAACGAAAACUCGUUUUCUUUCUCUAGUUACAUGGAGAAAGUUUCUGAAAGCGUUGAAACUAAGUCCGAGAUGGGUUCUCAUGAUUCGGAGGCUCAAAACUUAAACCAAAAGGAGGCUCAUUUUGAAUCUGUUCCGCCACCUUAUGAUCCCAUAACGAACUAUCUCUCACCAAGACCUCAAUUCCUUCGUUACAAACCAAACCAAAGAAUUAGAUCUCAUCUCAGAAAGGGAAAUGAGGAAAUUAAUAGCUUUGAAUUGGACAACUUGUCCACUGAAGGAACUGAGUCUGAAGAUUCAAAGAAGGAAUCUUGUGAGGAAGAAGAUUCUUCAGCUGUAGUUAUAGAAACAGAAACGGGACUUCAAGGAGAAGAAGAAGAAGAAGAGUCUGAAUCGAAAAGGGUUCCAAAAUCGAGUUUCUUUUCAAGAUUCAGGUUCAUUUCAUUUUUUAUGUUGCUAGCAAUUGGAAUCUUAUCACUUUCAGUUACUGUAACUGAUUCUCCAUCAAUCUUUCAUGGGUCAAUUGUUCUUAGCAAUACGUCCAUGCCAAACCUAAACAACCCAUUUGAAUUCCAAGAAGAUUUUAAUGAAUUUGUUAGGAAUUUCAUGGAUUGGUCAAGCAAUUACAUGUCUCAUGUAUUUAAGCCCAGAACAAUUGCCUUAGACAAGCAGCCUGAUACUUUUCAGUUUCAUAACAUGACUUCUUUUCAAGAAUUUGCAUUAAUUAAUGAUGAAGAAUCUGUUAAGCAGCAUAUACAGUUGGAUUUUGGGAAUCAAAUUGAAACAGAAACCAACCGGGUAGAGGAGAUUGAGAAUGAAGGAUUCGAUUUUGAGUCCAGUAAUGAUAAAGAAGGUGAAAUUGAGGCAGAAAUGAUUGAAGAGGUUAAGAAUUUAGAGAUUUCAGAUGAAGAAGAAGAAGAAGACUCUCUUCAUCAGAAUGAAGAACAGAGUGAUAAAAAUGAUGCUAUUGAAUAUGAAAGUGGAACAUCAUCUGCUGUUGAUGAUGAAUUGGUUCUUAUUCAGGAAAUAUUAUCUUCUUCGAGUUUAGAGUCAUGUGAAAUCCUUCCUUCCGACAUUACUAUUGCAAAAGAAGAAGAACCUGAAACCAUAGUUUCUUCAGAAGGAAAAGGAGUGCAUCAGAAUGAAAUAUCAUCUGAUGAGGAUAAACUGGUUCAGGAAGUGGAUUCAUCCUCAGUUGGUGAUGUUCAAACUUCAAAAGCAUUAUCUUCUUCAUUUGACCAACAGAAGAAGCAUAUAAUGACAGCCAUCUUGGUUCUUGUCGCGGUUAUUCUUGUACCAGCUUCAAUUUUCUUCUAUCUGAAUCAUCAUCAUCAUCAAAAGAAGAUAACUACAGUUCAAUCCCAAUGUCAAUCACAUGUAAGCAGCAGUAGCAACAGCUUUGAAGAGAAGAAGAAGAGAGGAAAGAAAAGUGACAGUAGCUCAUUGAUGUCGUCUUCUUCAACAGAAUCGCCUUCUUAUGGAAGUUUCACUACUUACAAGAAGAUCCCCAUUAAGAAUAAUGGAUUUGAUGAGGAAAUUCUGACUCCGGUUAGGCGGUCCAGCAGGAUCAGAAAGCCAAUAAUCCUUGACAACGUCAACUGAAAGAUGAUGACGACUCGUUUAACAUAACUUUGUUCUGAUUUUAGUUUUAGUAGUUUGUUUGGUUCUUUUUCUCUUAAGAAUGAUGAUGAACUGCUUGCUCUGCUCAUUUGUACAACUAUUUGGUUGCCUUAAUCUAAGAAAUCUCAUCUUGUGA